CUCCAUUCCGUGCAACUCUUAUUGGAUUUCUUUCAGACAUGGCUGCUGCACGAACAGCUGCUGCAGCGGUGGACUUCACCCGCAUUUACACAACCCUAGGCCUCGGAAAGGAAACCAUCGCCGCCGUCCAAGCUUUCCGCAAGCGUCAUAGCGAAGCCCAACGCAUCCACGGUCAAUAUGCUUCCCAACCCACCACCCUCGACUUUGCUCGUUACCGCGAAACCUUGAAGAACAAGGCCAUCGUUGACGAGGCUGAAAAACUCUUCAAGGAUUUCAAGCCCGUCACAUACGAUGUCAGUGCACACGUCAAAGCUAUCGAGUCGUUCGAGGCGAUUGCUUUGGAGAACGCCAAGGAGACGGAGAAGAAGGUGGAUGCUGAGAUUGAACAGCUCAAGGCAACCCUCGCCAACAUCGAAGAGGCGAGACCGUUUGACCAACUCAGUGCAAAUGACGUUGGCGAAGCUCACCCUCGCAUCAUUGAGACCGUCGAGACAAUGUUGAAAAAGGGCAAAUGGAGUGUACCUGGGUACAAGGAGAAGUUUGGAGACCUCAAUGUCAUGUAAUUCAUCCUUCAAUUCGCAUAGAAAUACAUCUGCCUCAGACUCAUGAAUCGGACGUCCCCACUAAUCUAUUCCCAUUUCCUCAUCUUCG